UUAUUAAUGUAGGAGUGGUGUACAAUUGAGUCUGACCCUGGAGUUUUCACUGAGCUUAUUAAUGCAAUAGGAGUUUAAGGAGUUUAAGUUGAAGAAAUCUAUGAUCUUAAUGAUGAGUAAUAAAUAGCCUAAAUUCAACCAAUUUAUGGAUUCAUAUUUUUAUUCAGAUGGACAAAUAAGGGUGAGAAAAGAGAAUGUCUCAAAAUUUAUGAUUAAGAUCUUUUCUUUGCUAAUCAAGUUAUCUAAAAUGCAUGUGCGACUUAAGCCAUCAUUUCCAUUUUACUUAAUUGUCCCUAAAUUGAAAUUGGAGAAGCGCUCAAAAAUUAUAAAGUAAAAAAAACUAUUAUUUAUUCAGGAAUUUGCAUUCGCUUUAGAUCCCAAAGAAAGAGGUAAUUGCCUUGGAGGUGUAGAUGUUAUAAAGACUGCUCACAAUAGUUUUGCUAGACCAGAACCAUUUAUAUUCUCUAAUGAAAAGAAAAAAGCUAAAGUAUUUGUUUCACUUUAUUCUAGGAAGGUGAUGAUGUCUUUCAUUUUGUUUCAUAUAUUCCAUUUAAAGGUAAAGUUUAUGAAUUAGAUGGUCUCUAAGAAGGACCUAUUUUAAUUGGUGAAUAUUAAGAUGAUUGGAUUGUCAAAGCUAAAGAAGCAAUCUUAAAAAGAAUAUAACAUUACUAAGAAAAAGAAACAGCCUUUACUUUAUUAGCUGUUAAUUAAUGUAGAAAAUUCAAAGUAUCAUCGUUUAUUUAUUUAGGCUAAUCAAAUUAUUGCAUAAUCUUAAAAUGAUAUACUUUUGAGUCUCAAAAGCUUAGAAUUCUUAGGAGUUGAUUUAACUGAAGAAUAAAAAUAAUAAUUACUUUAACUUUCUAAUUAAUAAGUAAAAUUUUAUAUUAUUCAAGAAUAUUGAAUAAGAAUUAAUCUAAGAAACUAAAGAUGAAUUAUUAAAUAGAUUAAACCUUGCCAAAAAUAAAAUAUAAGAGGCACAAAUUACACUUAAUGAAGAAAAUAUUAAAUUCUAAAAAUAUAAAGUACUUCUAUCCAAAUUAUCUUUCUUAGGAAGAAAAUUCCAGAAGAAAACAUAAUUACAUUCCAUUCAUUUUAGAACUUUUUAAAAUGGCUCAAAGAAAAGGUCAACUUGAAGGAUUAUUAGAGAAAGCUUAAACAAAACAACAACAAAAAUCUUAGUAAUAAACAAAAAAAUGAUAUUUUACAAAUUUUAUAAUAUGAAC